AUGCGUUUCUCUACCGUUAUCCCAAGUGCCCUUGUCGGCCUUGCAAGCCUCUCGGCUGCCGCCCCUACCAAGAACAUUCCCAGCGAAGGUGCCGUUGCAGACGUCACAGAUGUGCCUGAAGCCGCGAACGUCGACAACAUCAACAAGCGCGCCGAGGACGCCGCGAAUGACGAACAGAAGAACCAGGACGACGACUAUUUCGUCAACCCCGCUUCUCCCGCUGGCCAGCCCCAGCCCGGCUUUGGCCAGUCCGGCUACAACGCUGGCGCUGCUGUCCCUGGCUUCCGCGGAGCUGGUUACGCUCCUCGUCCUGACUACGCCUCGCACCCUCCCCCGUACGGCGGAUUCGCCAAGCGUGACGAGAACAGCGGCGAGUACUUCGUCAACCCUAAGCAGGGCCAGCCCGGCUACGGCCGCCCUCAGGGCUAUGGUCGCCCCGGAUAUGCUCCUGGCACUGCUCCCUACCCUGAGUACGCCCCGGGCACUGCUCCUUACCCCGAAGUGACCAAGCGUGAUGAGAACAGCGGAGAGUACUUCACCAACCCCCACUACAGUCAGGGUGGUUACGGCCGUCCUGGCUACGCUCCCGGCACUGCCCCCUACCCCGAGUACGCUCCGGGUACCGCUCCCUACCCCGAGGUCACCAAGCGCGACGAGAACAGUGGCGAGUACUUCGUGAACCCCAACCAUGGCCAGGCUGGCUAUGGUCGUCCUCAAGGGUACGGCCGUCCUGGUUACGCCCCGGGUACCGCUCCCUACCCUGAAUACGCUCCUGGCACCGCCCCUUAUCCCGAGGUCACGAAGCGCGAUGAGAACGCCGGUGACUACUUUGUCCCCGGCCCUGCCGCUCCUGCCACUGGCUACAACGGCCCCGGCUACGGCCACCAGGGCUUCGCUCCUGGCUCUGCUCCUUACCCUGAAUACCCUGGCGCUGGCCGCUACCCCGGCUUCGCCAAGCGCUCCAACGACGCUCUCGCCGGCGAGGACCACGACGGAAACUGGAUCAUCCGCCCUUACCUCGAGCCCGAGCACGACCCUCUCUACGUCACCGUGAACCAUGUCGGCAAGCGCGACGAGAACGCCAACGACUACUUCGUCCCCGGCCCCGCUGCCCCCGCUACCGGCUACAACGGCCCUAACUACGGCCGUCCCGGCUUCGCUCCUGGCACCGCUCCCUACCCCGAGUACCCCGGCGUUGGUCGGGGAUUUGCCAAGCGUGACGAGAACGCCGGCGAGUCCUUCGCUCCUGGUCCUGCCGGUCCUACCGCUGGUUACAACGGCCAGGGCUAUGGCCGCCAGCCCAACUAUGCCCCUGGCACUGCUCCCUACCCCGAGUAUGCCCCCGGUACUGCCCCCUACCCUGAGGUCACCAAGCGUGAUGAGAACGCCAACGAAGCCAACAACUAUUUUGUCCCUGGGCCCGCUGCUCCCGCCACCGGUUACAACGGCCCCAACUCCGGCUAUGGUGCUUCUGGCUUCGGUGGCCCCGGCUAUGGCAACGCUGCUCUCCCCAGCGCUGCUGGUACCCCUUGGUACGCUUAA